AGCAAAACGAGUUGACGAAAACGACUCCGAGCAGGACGUCUGCCAUGACAAGUAACCGUCGGGUCUCCGGUGCACCUUCAUCUGCUUUAUCCAACGAGAAGAGCGGUCGUGGCAGGCGAGUUGAUGCUGAAACAAAAUCUUCUUCUACCAGAAUAGACGUGCUCGAGCAGUCUCGAGACUACGCAGGUAGUGCUGGUAGCUCGUCGAGAGCGGGAAGUAAAGCCUCGAGCACGGGACGGGAAGGAAAUUCUCGAGUGUAUUC